CCUGCACGCAUGCGUAUUUGAUAGUAGGCCGCUGCUGCUGCUUAUCUUCUUCUUGGUGGUGGUGUCUGUACUCAGCGAUUUCGCAAGUUUUGGAAAAAUAUAUUCAGCUAAAAAUGAGUGAUACAAAAACAUACACAUUAGAAGAAGUUAAAGAACAUAACAAUGGUAAUUCACUCUGGCUUGUAAUCCAUGAUAAGGUUUACGAUGUAACAAAGUUUAUUGAUGAGCAUCCUGGUGGUGAAGAGGUUUUACUUGAACAGGCAGGCGGGGAUGGAUCGGAGUCUUUUGAGGAUGUAGGCCACUCAUCAGAUGCCCGAGAACUAAUGGAGGACUAUUACAUAGGUGAUUUGGUUGAGGAAGAUAAAGGAAAAGGAUCAGCGAAGCCUGUGAAUCCAGCAAGUGUUCCCGAAGAUGAUAACAGGGAGCCCAUUUGCUGCCAAGUACUAAGUUGAUAAGCUUUUUGAAGAUUCCCAACAACAAUCAGACCGUAGUUUUCAACUAUAUGGUCUUGGCUAAUACCAGCUGGCAUAGCCCUAUUGGUGGCGCUUGCCUACCGCUACUACCUUACAUCGUCUACCUAACACCUUAUCUGAUGUGAGCUACUAGUUCUGUGUCCAUUGAUAAUUGCUAUCCCUGUCAUGCUGAACCUCUUUGAGUAUCUUCAUAAUCUUGAACACAAAUGUGGACUAAUUGAGAAAAUGAAUGCCUGUUGAACGUUUUUGAUUUUGAUCAACUGUAAUGAAAAUAAUAAUUGCAGCUGAAAGUAAUUCAAUCAUUAUUAUGCACUUUUUAAUAAGAAUAAUUUUUUACAAGGGACCAUAAUAAACAGUUCCACAUGGUUUGUUUUCAGUGUUUUGUGUUUGAUAAAUACAGUAUUGAUAGAUUAAGGUGGGGCCUACUGUACUUUGAGAAACAUCUAUUUUAUAUUAGAGUUCAUACACUGUUUUAUGUGAUAAAUAUCUUUGAUUUUCCCAUAUAUGGGCAUGAUAUGAUAGCAUAGCAUUAUACUCAUAUUGAUAGAAAUACAAAUAUAUUUGUCACAUUUUAUAGUUUGGUCAGAGGCUUAUUGUAUAAUUUUUAAAUAACAUAUUUUUGUGAUUUUUAAAAGAAAAGAAUAAAGCCUUUUUACUGUCACUACCAUUAUAGUCUAUUUUACACCAGAUUUUCUGGGCCUAUUGAUUUUCUUCAAGAAUAAUUUAUUCUGGGUUAUCU